AUGGAACUGUACAAGCCGAACAUCACCUCACUGACAGCGCGCGCCAUCCACGCUGCCGGCUACCACCUGCACACAGUUGGCCAUCUGACCAUACGAGAUGCGCCGCUGCUCGAGCAUGUCAAAGUUGAAGAUCUGACUAAGAUGCCUAAUCUCAAAUCCCUGUACAUAACGCAAGCGCCGAAGCUGCAGCGAGUGGCGCCGUUGCCCGCGCUUCCGGAACUACUCACAUUCAUGAUCACGACGUCGGGCCUGGUGGAGGUGCCCAACUUGAGUCACGUGCACGAGAACAGAGCCAACACCUCCGCAGCAUAUUUGCAAGCCAUAGACCUCGAAGGCAACCACAUCAAACGUAUCCCGGCACACGCGCUACGCGUGCGCGCGGCUCAAGUUUCACUGAACUACAACCUGAUUGAAGAGGUGCCGGCACACGCUUUCAAGUUCGCUGAGAUUUCCAAACUGAGUUUCAGGGGCAACAUUAAUCUGAAGCGUUUGGAUGAAAAUGCCUUCGCUGGCAACCUGGUGCUCCGACAGUUAGAUUUAAGCAACACCGCAAUUACCUCGCUACCUAUAAAAGGAUUAGAGAAGCUGGAAAUACUCAAGAUAGAGCGCACCCCCGCGCUCAAAUACAUCCCAUCGAUAUACGAUUUACAGAGCCUGAAGGAGGCCCACUUGACCCACCACUUCCACUGCUGCGCGUUCGCGUUUCCCGAGCGCCAUGACCCAGCUCGACACGCACUUUAUGAGCUCUACAUGAAACAACUGAAAGAGAAAUGUGCUCAAGAUGCAAAGUCUGCAGAGAGACGACAGAGAUCCCUGGAGCCUAUCAGAAAAUUCGACACACAACAGUUAAAAGCGCAACUACAAGGGAAUUCAGAAGAAGAUGAGUCAACGGCAACAACGAGCGAGGACUACUCGCCGAACAUGUUCGACUUCGACUACGGCGGCGAAGUCAGCUCCGAAUACGGCGAUGAAAUGUUCCACGAGGCCGUCAACACCACCGGCGCCGAGAUGCUGGAGUGCGGCAACUUCAGCGCCAAGUUGCGCGUGGUGAACUGCACGCCCCUCCCCGACGAUCUCAACCCUUGCGAAGACGUGAUGGGCUGGACGUGGCUCCGCGCCAGCGUCUGGUUCGUGGUCGCUGCGGCAGUCGUCGGCAACCUCGCUGUCCUCAUCGUCCUCCUCGCCAACCGCUCGGAACUCACCGUCCCCCGCUUCCUUAUGUGCCAUCUCGCGUUCUCUGACCUGUGCACUGGAAUCUACCUCUUCAUGCUAGCUGUAGUAGACCUACAAUCUUACGGAGAAUUCUUCAACUACGCUUACGACUGGCAAUAUGGAGUCGGAUGCAAAAUCGCUGGAUUCUUAUCUGUUUUCUCUGGACAGCUAUCAGUCUUUACUUUAACUAUAGUGACUUUGGAACGCUGGUUCGCGAUUACCUUUGCGAUAUAUUUGGAGAGGAGAAUCUCUUUGGGAACGGCUGCUAAAAUCAUGAUCGGUGGCUGGCUGUUUUCUAUUCACAUGGCCGGGUUGCCUCUGGCUGGUGUGUCAGAUUAUUCCUCAACUUCUAUUUGCUUGCCAGUCAAGAGUUCAUCGACCUCAGAUGCAGUGUACCAAGGAUCGCUGUUCCUUUUCAAUGCCGUAGCGUGGGUGAUAAUAGUGGUGUGCUACGUGGGAAUAUACAGAUCUCUUGGAGGCGGUGGAGAAAAGUACGGAGGUAGAGCAGCAGCGGCGGCUGCUGAACGACGCAUCGCCAACAAAAUGGCUUUACUAAUCGGUACGGAUUUACUCUGCUGGGCGCCGGUUGCAUUUUUCGGAGUGACGGCGCUCGCGGGGGUUCCUCUAGUCGACGUGAGCCACGGAAAAGUACUACUAGUAUUUUUUUAUCCGCUAAACGCGUGCGCUAAUCCGUUCCUUUACGCAAUACUCACAAAGCAGUACCGUAGGGACUUUAUAAAUUUGAUCGCGCGCAGCGGGCGCUGCAAUUGGUUGGUGGAACGGUACAAGCUUGCGGCCACGCCCCCCGCUACUGCGCACACUCAGCAGUCGGCGCCGGCGCCUCUUCUUCCGCUAGUGCAGUAUGGGAGGAGCACGUCACAAAUCAGCAAGGAAAAUGGGGAACUGCUUUAAUUUACGUUUGUUAUUGAUAUUUGUAAUUUUAUGCUUAAUAUUAGAUAAUUUAUUUAUUA